UGUUAUCGAGUAGACUGACUCGGUAUCUUUCACGCAUUUUCGAUUUUUAAAGUUCCAAGGUGAUAAGGAAGAAGCCUACGUUCGUUUGACAUUGAACCAACACUACAGAGCGGUCAAAGAGAAACGAACCGACAUCUGCAGGCCUUCAGUAAGAGACAACUCGGUCACCUUCACUGAGGGCUUCAACUUCAAGGUCACUCCAGCACAAGUGGACAUCACAAGUUUGGCCUUCCAUAUCUUCGAAUCUACAUCUGGUUAUGGUAGGGCUUCAAAAAAAUAUAAGAUUAGAUGUGUAGUGAGUAGUACUAUAUCUAUGUGGAGUAAUAAGUAG